AAUCUACCACCUCAAACUACCGAGAAAUUCUGAACGCACCCCCUCCACUACCGGCGAUGAGCACCACCGAGGGAAACCCGUCGCCGGACGCCGCUGCGGUGGAGGAGAUGGCGCGGGUGGCGGCGACGUGGUGCGCGAUGCACGGGCUCGUCGUCGGGGACCGCGCGGACCCGAGAUCAGGGACAGUUCCUGGAGUUGGGCUGGUCCAUGCUCCAAUCUCCCUGCUCCCGUCGCGCCUGCCGGAGUCGUUCUGGGAGCAGGCGUGCGAGCUGGCUCCGAUUUUCAACGAGCUUGUGGAUCGUGUCAGCUUGGAUGGGGAUUUCCUGCAGGAUUCCUUGUCUAAGACAAGGCAGGUUGAUGAUUUCACUUCGAGGCUCUUAGAUAUUCACCGGAAGAUGAUGGAUGCAAACAAGGAGGAGAGCAUUCGACUGGGAUUGCACCGAUCAGAUUAUAUGCUGGAUUCAGAAACCAAUUCUCUUCUUCAAAUAGAGCUCAACACUAUUUCAGUAUCUUUUCCCGGGCUUUGUUCCUUAGUGACUGAGCUUCACAGGACUUUGAUUAAUCAGUAUGGGAAUUUAUUGAGUCUAGACGCCAAAAGGGUUCCUGGAAAUGAGGCAAGCCGUCAAUUUGCUGGAGCAUUGGCCAGAGCAUGCGAUGAGUUUAAUGUUGACAGUGCCGUAGUUAUGAUGAUUGUUCAGUCCGAAGAAAGAAAUAUGUAUGACCAAUACUGGCUCGUCAACUAUUUGAAGGAAUCACAUGGCAUAACAACUAUUAGGAAAACCUUGUCAGAGGUGGAGGCUGAAGGCCAGGUUCUUCCUGAUGGAACUCUUGUGGUAGAUGGCAGGAAGGUCGCUGUGGUGUAUUUUAGAGCUGGUUAUACACCAAAUGAUUAUCCUUCAGAAAGAGAAUGGAGUGCAAGGCUUUUGAUGGAGCAAUCAUCUGCUGUAAAGUGUCCUUCAAUAUCUUACCAUUUAGUAGGGACCAAGAAGAUUCAACAAGAACUAGCAAAACCUAAUGUGCUUGAAAGGUUUCUCGAAAAUAAGGAGGAAAUUGCCAAUCUUCGUCAAUGCUUUGCAGGGCUAUGGAGCUUGGACGAUGAAGAUGUAGUCAAAUCUGCAAUGGAAAACCCUGACUUAUUUGUCUUGAAGCCUCAACGUGAAGGCGGAGGGAACAACAUAUAUGGCCUUGAUGUGCGAGAGGCUCUAAUCAGACUCAAGAAGGAAGGAGGAGAUGCUCUGUCAGCCUACAUACUGAUGCAAAGAAUCUUUCCCAAAGAAUCUCUUGCUAAUCUGGUCCGAGGUGGUGUUUUCCAUGAAGCCCUCACAGUAUCUGAGCUUGGGAUAUAUGGAGCCUACUUGCGGAACAAAGAUAAGGUGAUCAUCAAUGACAAGUGUGGUUACUUGAUGCGAACAAAAGUUUCUUCAUCAGAUGAAGGUGGUGUUGCUGCAGGUUUCGCUGUUCUGGAUAGCUUAUACCUGACCGAAAAGUGAGAAAACCUCAGGAAUACCACCUACAAGUUCCAACCGGUAUUGACCUACCAUGGUUUUAGCACUAUGUUGCAUUGGUUGCAACAGCUGAUAUGUAAAGUAGCUGCACAAUUUGCAGCAAGUGGCCAUCAUCAUACACCACACUAGUGAAGAAUAAUCAUAUUAUGUAUGCACGACUUGUGUCUAUACUAAAUAAUAAUCUUUCUAUAAAAAAACAGAUUAUGGAACUUAUUA